AAUAUUUAAUAAACCCUUAAAACCCAGAAAACUUCUAGGCUCAAAGUCUUGAGUUGUCAAAGACAAAAUCUUCAGCUGAAAAGCUCUCUUUUUGAUUAUCUGUUUUAGGGUUUCACUAACAAGCAAUGGCUCCUGAUGCUUCUCAUGCUUUAGCAGUAAGACAAAAAGUUCAGAACUUUCUUACUGCUGCCUGUACUGGGAAUUUGGAUCUUCUUAAGAAUUUAGCAGCACAGCUUGAUGAUGGGAAAGGAGUAGCGAAAACGGUGGCGGAUAUUAAGGAUGCUAAUAAAAGAGGGGCACUUCAUUUUGCUGCAAGGGAAGGCCAGACUGAGGUGUGCAAGUACUUAGUUGAAGAUUUGAAGCUUGAUGUCGAUACGAAGGACGAUGAUGGUGAGACUCCUCUUCUUCAUGCUGCUCGGCAAGGACAUACUGCCACUUCAAUUUACCUUCUCGAACAUGGUGCAAAUCCUGCUAUCGCAAGUGAUCUAGGUGUAACGGCUCUGCAUCACUCUGCAGGAAUAGGAAACAUAGAGUUGCUAAAGUAUUUACUUUCCAAGGGUGUCGAGGUUGAUUCACAAAGUGAUGCUGGCACUCCUCUAAUUUGGGCUGCUGGUCAUGCACAGCCUGAUGCCAUGAAAGUUUUAUUGGAGCACCAUGCUAAUCCUAAUGCUGAAACUGAAGAUAAUAUAACUCCAGUACUGUCAGCUGUUGCAGCUGGUUCAUUGGCAUGCAUAGAGUCAUUGGUUCAGGCAGGUGCUAAUGUGAAUAUUACCGCUGGUGGAGCCACCCCAUUGCACAUUGCUGCUGAUAAUGGAAGCCCAGAAAUCUUGACUUGUUUGCUAAAAGCUGGGGCUGAUCCUAACCUCAGUGAUGAGGAUAGCCAGAAACCAAUACAGGUUGCAGCAGCAAGAGGCAAUCGCGCAGCUGUGGAAAUCCUUUUUCCCUCGACGUCUAAAAUUGACAGUAUCCCGGAGUGGACUGUUGAUGGAAUUCUUGGACAUAUGCAAUCUGAAUUUAACAAACAAGUGGAAGAAACAAGGAAUCUAAGGGAAGAUGUCACUAAAGAAGGCACUGCUGUACCUAAAAAGGAUCUUCCUGAGGUGUCACCUGAAGCGAAGAAGAGAGCUGCAGAAGCAAAAGCAAGAGGAGAAGAUGCUUUUAAAAGAAAGGAUUUUCAUUUGGCUGUGGAUGCAUAUACACAAGCAAUUGAUAUGGAUCCUACUGAUGCCACUUUGCCUUCAAAUAGAAGCCUUUGUUGGUUACGCUUGGGACAACCUGAGCAUGCCUUAGCUGACGCAAAAGUCUGCAGAUCACUGAGACCAGAUUGGCCAAAAGCUUGCUAUCGGGAAGGUGCAGCUCUGCGUUUAUUGCAGAGGUUUGAUGAAGCCGCGAAUGCAUUUUACGAGGGUGUACAGCUUGAUCCUAACAGUAAAGAGCUUGUUUCUGCAUUUAGAGAAGCGGUUGAGGCUGGGAGAAAGUUUCAUGGAACGGAUCAGGAAAAGAAAUCAUAAUAUGAUUUUGUGAUACAUCAGCAUCAGAAGGCCAGGGUAAUUUAAUUGAUCGUAAUGUAUUAAUGUGCUUCAGUGAUACAUCAGCAUCAGAUAAUAGACACAAGUUAGUACAAAAUUUUGUCCGCUCGAGUGUUCUGCAUCAACUUCGUUUCUCGCCUGAUCAAUGAGUUUUUACCCUAGCUUGUAGUGAAAGCCAUUGAAGGAAAUGAUAGACGUGAUGUAAAUUAGAAAAAGCAUUAUUUUCGGGAAAUUUACUAUGUUCUCUCUCUUUAUAUUUUUGGAUAAAUAUGUUCUCUCUUUUUUAGAUUGGUACAGUUUUUGUAGGGGGUUUGUGUCCCAUUCAAAGGGUAAAGACAGCAGCUAGCCUGUAAUGAUUGGUUGAUUGCGCAUUUUAUCAGCAACAGUAAUUUUUAUUU